GCAAGUCAAGUACUGCCCAUCCUUCCACUUCAGAACUUUCACUUCAACAAGACACAUUGCCAGCUUCGACAAAGACCUUCGUUCCAGUACCAACAGCAAGAACCCAGACAUCCAUCAAAAUGCUUUUCAAAGUCGCUACCGCCGCAGUUGCGCUUUGCGCCGCCUCUGCAUCAGCUAUUGCUCUCCCACAAAACGCUGGCAACUCUGCCGGAUCCAACAUGUGCGAUGCGUCGACCUUCAACAACGGAGCAGACCUCGACAUUCCACAAGCAAACGCUAAAGAUUGCACGGAUCUCGUUGCGGGCCUUGACACGAGCCAGACGUGGUCGGUGUCAAAGAGCUGGGCUCGUCUGUCAACACAGGGAACAUGUGCUUUCAGCGUUCGUGUCAUCGCUGGUUCUAAGGACGGAUUGGUUGGUGGUGCCGACUUGGCCGACCUGGUGAACGACUCUGUCAACAACUUCCAGCAGAGCGGCCAAGUCUCUUGCAAGGGUCAGUUCGGCCAGGUCGUGUCUGCGGAGGGUGAGGUUGACUGCAACACUCCAUCGGGUGGCUCUCAGGUUAGAGUCGAAUGGGUCAUUGCUGCUUCUAGCUACAACCCAUCGAACUAGACGUUGGCACCACACGUACAGGACAUGCACUCGUAGAGGCUUCGGAAGUUCCACAGUCAUUGUAUAACAAAGCGGAAAUCAUGUUGCUCAAGCCCAGU